GAAAUUCGUUAUGAUUUUUUUUCCAGGAAUCCAAAACCAAUGUCGAGGAGCCGCCAUCAAUCGAGGAGCCUCUGCACAUGCCAGCGCGGCGCACCAUCUUCCACAACACGGCCAGGGAGGACGGCGCCGUGGACGACUUCGACGAGGGGACUUGGAGGUACUUCACGUUCGACGAGCAGAGCCUGUCCGCACUGAGCCGGAGGCUGCAAGAGGAGACCAAGCACAAGGACUUCGUCAUCUGCCGCCGGAGCGGCGGCGCCGUGCCUAGGCUGUUCCCCGUCGUCCUGGACCUGCCGCCCGGCAACGACGAGAUGGAGUUUGUCCUGGUCCUGGUGCCAUCUAGAGGUGCUACUCUACUACUACUGGAGCUUAUGGCUCUCCUGAACAUAUUCUAGGCAUUAUGAAACAAUUGCUAACAUUGUGCAUCAACUGUAACUGCAGC